GACCUCCAUAUGGGUAUGGUGCGGCAGCUCUAUGGCCGGUACUACGAGCUCUUCCCCAUCCACAUUGCUUGGGUGCACACAAAGCCCGCGGACUACUUCGUGGCAGACCGUGCUGACCAACGCCUAGAGGCAGAGCACGUGGCAAGAGUUCGGCAACAACUUGGUUACUUGCUCAAUGACAGGGAGAACAGGGCGAUCAAGACGAUCAAGCAGAUCUAUUGGAAAAGGUACCGCCGGAGUGCUGACCGCGACGAGCAGCUCAUCGCCUUUUUGGGCGACAACCCUCGCCAACGCCUUUGCUGGAGUGGAGCGAGUGGACGGAUCCCCACUCUCAGAACAAAUUCCAGUAGUGGGAAGAUGUACAGUUUGCAGCGCCGCCGCUGGCUCUGUUGCCGGGAGCUGCUUUGUACCUUGGGGUUCCCGGUGGUGCCGGAGGUCGCGCUCAGCAUGGGGGUCCCAGUAGUCCCAGUGCGCGACCGCGCACGUGCAAAGGAAAUCUGUGGAAACGCCAUGCACUUCGGCUGCGUUUGCGUGAUUCAGUUUUUGGCAAUGGCAUGCUUCUCACCCAGGAGGUUGUCAGCCAGAGAUGGCCGUGUUCCGCUUCCCAAUGACGAGUCCGAGUCCGAAGACUGA